UGGGAAACUGUGCAGGGCGGUGCGUCCCCAGAACCAAGGUUCAGAACCUCAUGUGUUAAAACCUUUCGGACAGGAUUCAUUUGACAUGGCGAGUCAUGCUGUCCUGCAGCAGGUGUCACUGUGUUCUGCUGUUACAGCUGCGGACAGUCAUAGCUGGUUCUUUUCCUUCAGUAAAGGUGAAUCUUCAUGAUGAUGCUACUCUCCCCUGCACUCAGACAUGUUCUGGUCUGGUCACAUGGACUUUAUAUCAUAAACCACAUGACGUACUGGCUCAGUGUAACCAGACAUCCUGCCAGUCAGAGGAGGGAUUUCACAUGUCCCAUGAUCAGUACCUGAAGGGAGAUCUCUCCCUCACCAUCACUGAUGCUGAUUACACUAAGAGGUCCUUGUACACCUGCGCCUGUAAAGGUCAAGAGCUCUGUGAUGUGAGUCUACAGAUAGAGGCCUGUAAUUCUUCAGUUCAGAUUAAGCCUGGUGAACCUCUGGUGCUGGAUUUGCUCAUAUCAGAGUCAGUGGAAGUGAUUUAUAACAGCACAGGUGCAGCUGCUCCCUCUAGUGGACAGAUCUGUACAGUGGCUGGACACUCACUGAAGUGUAAACCUGAAUACACUCAGAGAGUGUUGCUUAUCUCUGCUGUGGAGCUGCAAGGAACCACACCAUCUGAUAGUGGAGUUUACAUCAUCAGAGACACUAAGCAUGAAGAGAUUAUACAGACAUACACAGUUACUGUGGAAGAGUUGGAUCCAGCCAAGACCGCAAAGGCCAUGGUUGAGGCCAAAUAUCAACAAGCGAAAGCGAACCCCAAAGUUGAGGUCCAGAAAGUUCAUGCAGCCACUGUGGUGCUGUCAGAGGAGAAAAAGGUAUCUGGCUCCAAAGUGGUGCUAUUAUUGAAAAUGGUGGAAAAGAUGCUCCAGGAAGAGGCAGCAAAGGCAACGGUCCCAGUAGCUAGUGAACUGGGAGAGACCUCAUCAGGCUCCUUAGGGAAAAGCUCCACACAGCAUGAGCAUUAUAUUGCUGGGAACGCUGCUAGACCCAAGAUACAAAUCACUUGGAUCCUUUAGCCCAAAAAAGGCAGAUGAAGGAAUAAAACAAGUCACCUUUGAAUGUUCCAAUGUAAUAGCGUCUAGACAGUCACAUUCAACCCCAGCUGCAGCUUCAACAUCACAGGAUGCUGUAGCUGAAAGACCUGGAAACAAACUGUGGUGUCAUUUUGAUGCCACGUUCAUG